UCUAAUAUAUAAGCAUUUGUGCAAAAUUGUAAUCAUACUAGAAACAACCUAAAAGUUUUUCUUUUAUUGAGAAAUGUAUUUCAAUUUUGACAAUUUUAGACCAACAAUUUUAUCUAGUAAGCAAUCAUGUCAUACAAAUUUAAUAUUGUUAAGAAAAAAGACUUGUUACAAGCACUCGUAACUUGUAAUUUAAGUAAUUAAGAGUAUUUAUUCAUGAACUUAAGGUCUUAAGUUCGAUUUUCUCCUCCCCUAAUAUCGAUUAUAUCAAAAUGUUGUUAAGAAAAACAAAAAAAAAUCUUACAAUUUGGACUGAUUGCAAACGUUUUGAAAUGACAAAAAAUAACGUCACAUGCGAUGGUUGUAUAACACCACAACUAAUUCCAUCUAUUAAUUUAAAGGAGUUUAAGAUUUGGACGUAAUUGCAACAAACAAAAUGUACAGACUGAAUUGUGAAAAUGAAAAUAACAAGGAUUAAAAAUGUAAAUUUGAAAAAGAAAAUACACGAAUGCAACUAAAUACAGUGGCCCUAGCAAAGAAGCUCACGUUGACAACCCAUCAAACAGUCAACCUCUCCCUCCUAUUUUGUCUCCAUCCUAAAACCCUAACCUCCAAAACCAUUUCUCAAUCUCACUCUCUCUCUCUCUGCAUCCAUGGAUUCAUCAGAAACUCCAGUUGUCAUGUACUUCUUCCCAUUUAUAGGAGGAGGCCACCAAAUCCCAAUGAUAGAUAUAGCAAGAGUCUUCUCCUCCCAAGGAGCCAAAGCCACAAUCCUAACCACCACACCCGCCAACGCCCUGCGCUUCCGAAGCUCCAUCCGCCGAGACCAAAGCCUCAACCUACCGAUCACCAUCCGUGUCCUCAACCUCCCAAACGACGCCGUCUCGCCCGACUCCCCCAUGUCCGCAACCCCCUCCACAGACACCUCCGUCCUCCGAGAACCCCUCAAGCUAUUCCUCACCCAAAACCCACCCGACUGCAUCGUCAUCGACGUCUUCCACCGCUGGGCGGCUGAUGUCAUCGACGGGCUUAACAUCAAACGGGUGGUGUUCAAUGGAAACGGAUUCUUCUCUCGCUGCGUCAGCGAGUGUAUUGGCCGAUACGCGCCGCAUGAGCAACUGGGUUCUGAUUCUGAGCCAUUUCUGGUGCCUCAAAUUCCUGAUAGGAUCGAAUUGACGCGGUCUCAGCUGCCCCCUUUUGCAAGAAACAAACCAGGGCUUCCUGAUAAAGUUGGAAAAGCAGAGGAGAAGGCUUUUGGGGUUGUGGUGAAUAGUUUCUAUGAAUUGGAGCCAAAAUAUGUGGAGUAUUUCAAGACUGUGUUGGGGAAAAAGGCAUGGCCUGUUGGCCCAGUUUCUCUGUGCAACAGAAACAAUGCCGAUAAGACUGAGAGAGGCCAAGCAGCCUCUGUUGAUGGACAGAGCCUCCGAAAUUGUUUGAGCUGGUUGGAUUCUAAAGAACCCAACUCGGUCGUUUACAUAAGUUUCGGCAGCUUGGCUCGGUUGCCGCCCGCCCAGCUCGUUGAGAUCGCUCAUGGGCUCGAGGCCUCGGCCCACAAUUUCAUUUGGGUUGUUGGGAAGAUUUUCAGACGCGCACAAGAAGGUCGUGUUGGGGACGAUGAGAAUUGGGUUCCUCAGGGAUUUGAAGAGAGAAUGAUGGAGAUGAAGAGAGGGAUUUUGAUAAGGGGAUGGGCCCCGCAGAUAUUGAUGCUGGAGCAUGGCGCUGUUGGGGGGUUUAUGAGUCACUGUGGCUGGAACUCGACGUUGGAGAGUGUGACUGCUGGGGUCCCCAUGAUGACGUGGCCGCUGUCGGCGGAGCAAUUCUACAAUGAGAAGCUGAUAACUGAUGUGUUGGGGAUUGGAGUCCAGGUUGGGAGCAAAGAGUGGCUGUCGUGGAAUGCGGAGAGGGAGGAGUUGGUGGGGAGAGAAAAGGUGGAGGCGGUGGUGAGUAGGGUGAUGGGUGGCGGUGAGGAGGCGGAGGAGAUGAGGAAGCAAGCGAGAGCGCUUGCGGAGAAGGCUAGGAGAGCCGUCGAAGAAGGUGGUUCCUCGUAUGAAGGGGUGGAUGCUUUGAUUUCAGAGCUCAAAUCAUUGAGAAAGAAUUAGUCAGCAAAGUU